AUGAAGCCCCUGACUGCAGCUCUGGACAUUUUACAAGGUGACCGUCCUUAUGGGACUUUACUGCCCACACCUGAAGUUCGGAUGCAGAAGAGCCUGGCUGUGAAAGAUUCACUCUCCAGGAUGACUGCAGGCCUUCCAGAUGCUACAGAGUCCCACCACAACUGCUGCUGCACCACAGAGUCCCACCACAACUGCUGCUGCACCACAGAGCCCCACCACAACUGCUCCUGCACCACAGAGCCCGACCACAACUGCUCCUGCACCACAGAGCCCCACCACAACUGCUCCUGCACCACAGAGUCCCACCACAACUGCUCCUGCACCACAGAGUCCCACAGCAACUGCCCCUGCAUGACAGAGCCCCACCGCAACUGCUCCUGCACGACAGAGCCCCACCGCAACUGCUCCUGCACCACAGAGCCCCACCGCAACUGCUCCUGCACCAGAAAGCCCCACCGCAACUGCCCCUGCACCACAGAGCCCCACCACAACUGCUCCUGCACCACAGAGCGCCACCACAACUGCUUCUGCUCCACAACUGCCUCUGCACCACAGAAGCCCCACCGCAACUGCUCCUGCACCACAGAGUGCCACCACAACUGCUCCUGCACCACAGAGCCCCACCGCAACUGCCCCUGCACCACAGAGCCCCACCGCAACUGCCCCUGCACCACAGAGCCCCACCGCAACUGCCCCUGCACCACAAAGCCCCACCACAACUGCUCCUGCACCACAGAGCCCCACCACAACUGCUCCUGCACCACAGAGCCCCACCACAACUGCUCCUGCACCACAGAGCCCCACCACAACUGCUCCUGCACCACAGAGUCCCACCACAACUGCUCCUGCACCACAGAGCCCCACCACAACUGCUCCUGCACCACAGAGCCCCACAAUUACUAG